CGACUAUUGUCAAAGUUUUCAAACCCAACUUAAUCAACACUCCUCGUUGCCCUCAUUCCUUUAUUCUUCAUUUUGCGGAUAGAACACACGUGCAAUGGCCAAAUUCUCAAAGUGCUCGCAAUGUCAAAUCAGAACUCGUAAAAUUGUUAGAGAUCCGGCGACUCAAAAGAACAUUUAUUUGUGUCCAAAAUGCUACCAACUGAGGAAGGAGAAGAAGAAUGAGAUGAAAAAACAGAAGGAAAUGAAGAAUGAAUUGCCAGCUGUGAAGGUAGAUAACAUUACGACUCCAACUCAAGUGGCGAUAAUUUCACCGAUUCGUCGACUGGAAAUUCCUGUUGCAAGUGCUGCUGCUGUUGUUGCUGCCACAAACGAAACACUGAGUGAGCCUGACAACGUGUCCAUGCCACGGGGUGUGCCUCAUUUGAUGGAGGUGUUUGUCAUCAAUGGACGCAAAUGUAUCGCCAUAUCUGAGAAAGCAUUAAUACAUUCGACAUAAGAAAAAUGGCGAAAUUUACAAGAAUCUAUAACAAUGUGAUCAACAUUUUUAUAUAAGAUUUUACACUAAAUACAAAAACAA